AUGGCGGACUCGGAAUUUGGAGAGUCGGAAUAUGGCCCAUCUUCUGUCAGGGCCGUCAUCAUGGAUGCGGUCCUCACACCGUUCCGAGCACUGGUAUCCAAGUCCGCAUUACGGCUAUACCUGAACACGCUACUGUUUAUGGGUGCCGCAGCACUACUAACAGGUAUCUCCGCACUUGCAUAUGGGGUCUUCUAUUUCAAGUUUAUCCCCACGGUCGGACUACAGCGUGAAGUCCAUCUACAAUUCGGCAAUGGCAACCCCUGGGGCACAGCGAACUUCGACUCGGAAUUCAUUUCCCUCCAGCCUUACGAUGUAUCCGUGACCCUCGAGCUUCCACGCACACCCUCAAAUCUCGAUACAGGCAACUUCAUGCUCGACCUCACCCUCUUUUCCUCGCGCCCCGCGUCCUCCCUCCUCCCCGGUCCAAAUAAUGCCCCAAUCUCGCAGGCCCGGCGCCCUGCUAUCAUGACUUAUGCUUCGCCGCUGGUGGAUACUGCGCGCAGAGUGGCGCGUAUGCCGCUCUAUGUUGUUGGCUGGCAUCGGGAAUCGGAGACGCUAGAGGUACCGAUGAUGGAGCAGCUUGAGUUUGCGAAGGGAGUGCAGAACUUGCCGCAGAGUCUGCGAUUGGAGAUUCAAAGUGACUCCAAGAUGCAGGUUUAUACUGCUCAGGUGGAAUUCCGUGCUAGGCUUACGGGGCUUAGAUGGAUUAUGUGGCGAUGGAAGAUUACUUCUUUUGUUGUGUUUAGCACGCUGUUCUGGUCUGUUUCUACGCUCUCGGCUGGCUUGACGUGGUUGGUGAUGACUUGGGUUUUGGAGACUGUGCCUAAGGAUGAGGUCAAGAAGAUAGAAGAAGACCCUAUUAAAGAGGAGUCUGAGGAUGGGGAUACUUCUGAUGAAUCUACCGAGGUCAAGAAGGAGGAGCCGGAGGAUCAGGAGCAAGAAAGGUUGCUUUCUACCUAUCCGGCUGAGGGUGACGCAGGUGGAUCUGGCCCAAGUGCAAAGCGGGGGAGAACAUUCUUCCCCUCCAUUCUUCACAUCUUAACCAACUUCUACCCAACAAUGCAUAUUCUGGUCACCAACGAUGACGGUCCUCCGUCAAACCAGUCAUCGCCAUAUGUGCAUUCGCUCGUCCACUCGCUCCAGUCCGCCGGUCAUACGGUCUCGGUCAUUCUCCCGCACCAGCAGCGAUCAUGGAUCGGUAAAGCCCACAUUGUAGGCGCAUCCGUUAAACCUACCUACUUCCGCCCCGGUACGCUCCACCAAGAAGACGGGACAACACACCGUCUUCCCCGAGGUAGUGAUGGUGAACCCGACGACGGAGGCGAUGAAUGGGUUUUGAUCGACUCCACUCCCGCAAGUUGUGUCCAGAUCGGUCUAUAUCACUACUUUAAAGAACGUGGCCCUGUCGAUGUCAUCGUGUCUGGUCCGAACUAUGGUCGUAACACAACCGCACUAUUCGCAUUGUCGAGUGGAACCAUUGGCGCAGCGUUGGAAGGUGCUUGCUGCGGCACCCGCUCAAUUGCCCUGUCGUAUGCUUUCAGCUCUCGGAACCAUGACCCUGUUAUUAUCGCAGAAGCCUCAGGACAUUCGGUUAAGUUGAUUGAGCAUCUUUGCGCGAACUGGGCAGACGGCGUGCACCUCUAUAGCGUCAAUGUUCCACUUGAACCAGGUGUCAGUGAGAACAAGGUCUUAUAUACCGAUAUGCUGCAGAACACGUGGAAAUCCGGGAGCUGCUUCCAGGCUGUCGAUCCCACAUCUGCGGACGACCCUGAUUUGCAAGAACAGUUGCUGCGCGACCAAGGCGAGGUGUCGGGAACUAAACCGGACCAGACUGUCGGUGCCGGGGAGAAGUCAACCCGUGGACCCCGAAUUCAGCACAAGCAUUUCAAGUGGGCGCCCAGCUUCCAGGAUGUUUACCGAAGCGUGGAGGAAAGUGAGCCUGGCAAUGAUGGCUGGACCGUUAAGGAGCAAAUGACUAGCGUCACGCCUCUUAAGGCCAACUUCAUGCCCGCGCCCGGUAUCUCGGGGGAGAUUAAGCUAUCGGCUAAUCAACCCUCGUUGUAUUCCCUCGUCGACUGCGAUAACUCCUACGUGCAAGAAAUGGUUGACCGGGCAUUGACCCGUCGCCUGGGAAGUGCCUCCAAGCGCGUGUCUUCUCUAUCCGAACUACCAGACUCGUCCGCGCCGCUGUUCCAGUAUCGCGAAUACGAGCGCCUCGACUUCGACCACAUCAUGUCCAGACCCUCGACCUCUCUCUCGAGCGCAUAUAUUAUCCGCAAAGCUUUGAUUCGCAAGCACUACCUCUCAAAUACAGUGGCCAAUUGGAUCUCAAAACACCCAGAUAGCAUCCUACGACACCACUUCAAGCCUGCCUUCGACUUCGAACUCGACUAUGCCGAAUUCCUCGACGACGCCCUGCUAGAAGCGUACGAGCUGAACGAAAGCUUAGCCAAGAACGAAGAACGACCCGAUUCCGAAAAGGAAUGGUGGAUCCUCAAGCCCGGCAUGAGCGAUCGAGGCCAGGGAAUCCGCAUCUUCAACAGUGAAGACCAGCUCCGCGAGAUCUUCGAAGAGUGGGAAGAAGACUCAGACGACGAGAGUGGAUCCGAGAAUGCCGACGAUGACAACGCCGGCGCCUCCUUAGACACAGGCAUCGUCACUUCACAGCUCCGCCACUUCCUCGCACAGCCCUAUAUCGACCCUCCCCUCCUCCUCCCGUCAUCCUCGAACCGCAAAUUCCACAUCCGCACCUACGUCCUCGCCUCGGGCUCACUUAAAGUCUACGUCUUCAAGGAGAUGCUCGCUCUCUUCGCUGCGAAGGCCUACUGCGCCCCGCACGAAGAAGACGACGUCGCCGACCUCGCGCGCCAUCUGACCAACACCUGUUUCCAGGAAGGCGGUAGCUCGAACAAAGAGAGUGUGCGUCGCUUCUGGGACCUUGAUCACCACGUCCCCGGUCUCAGUGCGGACUGGAAAGAGAAGAUCUUUGAGCAGAUCUGCUCGGUGACGGGUGAAGUGUUUGAGGCUGCGGCCCGGGGUAUGAUGGUUCAUUUUCAGACUCUGCCUAAUGCGUUCGAGUUGUUUGGUGUUGAUUUCCUCGUUGAUGCUAAUGGGGAGGUGUGGUUGCUGGAACUCAACGCAUACCCAGAUUUCGCGCAGACUGGCGAGGAUCUAAAGGAGGCUGUUGUUGGGCGCCUGUUUGAGGAGGUCGUUGAUGUUGCUGUUAAGCCAUUUUUUGGCCUAGGUGACGGGGCUGGCACCGAUGAUAUGAAAUUGGUUGCUAAUAUUGAUCUCGGCAGACAUUCUUAG